UUUACCGUGCCAACAAAAAAGGAUGGAUGACGACUAAAAUAUUUCUUGAAUGGUUUGAGCGAUAUUUCGUACGGGAGGCUAGAGCUCAUUGUACAUCAGCUGGCCUUAACCCUGAUUGUAAAAUUGUACUCCUGCUGGACAAUUGUUUGUCUCAUCCCGAUGCAGUAUUGUUGGUGAAGGAUAACGUUGUGGCACUGUACUUGCCACCAAACUGUACGUCCCUCAUCCAGCCUUGUGAUCAGGGCAUUUUACGCUCAAUGAAGUGUAAAUAUAGAUCAGCAUUCAUGCACCAUGUACUACUGGCUGUAAAUAAUGGAAAAGAUAUUCAAACAAUUCAAAAAGAAUUCACACUUAAGGAUGCAAUCUGGACGGUUGCUAAAGGCUGGGUUGCAGUAACGCCAUCUACAUUAAAAAAUGGGUGGCACAAGCUGUGGCCACAGCUAAUGUUCGCUGACAGUGUUGAUGACGGUGAAGAGGCGGAUUUCAAAGGCUUCCAAAUUUCUCAAAAGAAGGCUGUUGUCAGUGAACUGAUGGAGUAUGCAAGCAGCUUAGUCAACCCUAAAGCUGAAGAAAUGGUCAGGAAUGUGGGGGAAGAUAAUUUGAUGGAGUGGCUUGAUGCUGAUCAAGAUGCUCCAACAGUCCACCAGAUGACUGAAGCUGAAAUUGUUGAGAUGGUGAAGAAUGGUGGAAAUACACCUGCUGAUAUAAAUGGUAAAGACAGUGAAAAUGAAAGUUACGAGGAUGUGGCGAAAAUUCAAGA